AUGAGUCGUGGAGGUGCAAAAUUCGUCACGCUACGCCAUUUCCCAGAAGAUCCCUGUUGGCAGCUGUUACCUGUCCCACUGACGCUUUCUCAGUUUGAAAAUCUCCCUUUAACCAAGUCCCAAUUCUUCAAAUGUGCUAUUGACUUUUUGGAACAACACCAUGGAGUCGUUUUCACUCGCGAUGGUCUCUUGAGAAUGGUUCUUGGGUUCUGGCGUCCUGGCGGAUUCACCUACAAAUUACAGUAUUUGACCAACAGUUCUGGUCAUCCUCACCCGGAGCAACUUUCAACUAACCCUUCGGAACUGUCUGACAGCAUUCCCUCUCUGGAUGUCGAUUUGAAAAAUUUCGUCUUGCAAGAAACUACGAAAGACAGGCUUAAUUUCUAUUUUCGACUUCCGGCUUCUGGUGUAUACUAUUUGACCAUUUAUGCCCAAGAACUUUCCAACCUUACGGUUGACCGAGAGAGUACCUUCCGUGCUGCCUGCGAAUACAAGAUAAUCUGUGAUAGACCGGCCGUGGAUAGUCAUCCGUAUCCAACUUGUCACGACGCAAAUUGGGGUCCUGCCUGGCCACAUGUUUACUACUACGCUUUGGAACCGAGCCACACCGAUGGUGUCAUCAGCGUGACAGCAAAAGAUGAGUGGAAUCGUGGAGUCAGUGGUAGUCGAACCCCACCACCGGUAUCUGUGGAUAUUCGUUUUGGAAAACAGCGUCCUGAGGUCAAUUUGCUAGCGAAACUGCAUCGUAACGGUGUACCUGAUGAAUUUUUAGACCAGUAUCAACGGGUUACUGAAACCAUGCUGGAAACAACAUUCCACGUCACUCUACCAGAGCCAGGCGAAUACGGGUUGGAGAUAUAUGCGAACGAGCCUGCUGAGGGUGAUACUUAUACCCAUAUGUGUCAAUACCUUGUGCAUUACGAGGCUCCUCCAGGAUGGGAUCCGACUCCUCGGUUGACCGCUUCUGGUGCUGACGCUGGUCCAUCUCCCGAGGCAAUCAAAGCACGGGGGUCUUCGGAGGCUACUGGAGAUAGGGCUUUUGGUCGUCUGGCUGCUGCUUCAAAGUGGCCUGUGGAUCUUUCUUCUCCCCUGCGAGAAAUGUAUGACUACGAGAUGCAUGCACCUUCUAUGGGAGUUCUACCAAGACCGUAUGCCGAGUCACAAUAUACGGAGCCCGCGAAAUACAGGAGUUCCCGUCACUUUUCACCUGCGCUCAAUGUUCCAUCGAACGGAGGAAGUCCUCGUCUCGCAUAUGUGUCACCUGAUUCUGGAUCAACCUCUCGCCACGUUCCCUCUGCUCAACGAGAGGAGGUUGCCGAUCUCUCCAGAUCAGUUGCUACGAUCCAUCUUUCUAAACCCCACACUGGCACCUCGAAACCCAACUGUGGACUUAUUUUUGGCCAAGAGCCAGGGACAAUCCAAACGCAGUCAGCUUCCGACCGGCCGGGGUUUGGACCCCAAGCGCUUCAUUAUGGACGAGUCGACUCACCUGGCCAGCACAGUGGCUCUUCUCAUCCCGAACUGGACUCCGGUUGCAACGGCAAUGGCAGCGUUCAAUAUAGCCAAGUGUCUCCUCCAGGCUCGGCAAUAUCCAGUGUGUCCACACAACGCCUACCUUUCUAUCGACAGCAAUAUGACCAGUUCAGUGCAACCCUUGGUGGAUCACCUGGCUAUGCACCUUCGGGGCAGUUCUAUCGACCGGAUCAAAGCACUGCAAACUGGAGUGCAGGUCCAAUCCAACAAGAACCACCCAAAGAAUUUUCGCUCCUUCCAAUUUCUACAGAGACUUAUGUGGAAAAGCCUCGACCACAAGACCUGCCAUCCAUUGGAGAUAAAUCAACGGUUCCUUUUGGUUCCUUUGAUGUUUUCCGUCGCCUUGACGAGCAUGCAGUUUCCAUAUCCCAGCAGCAACAGGAUAGUUUCAAGCAACUGAUUUGGCAGCUUAUCUACGCACGAAAUAUUACAGAUGAGCUGGAGAAGGUCCGGGUCAUAUUUCUAUGGUUGUGCACCAAGGAUUUGCAUAAAAUGAACUUUGACAACGUCAAGCCAGAUACUCCUGAAGAAAUUUUGAUGGGAAUACGAACAGGAAAAUCCACUUACGCACAAAUCUUUUACACCCUGUGCAGAUAUGCUGGUCUACACUGUAAACUACUCAUUGGAUAUGCAAAAGGAGCCGAAUAUGCACCAGGCAUGCAAUUCUCCGGACGACAAGGUCAACAUUCUUGGAAUGCCGUUCUUGUGGAUAAAGUCUGGCGCCUCGUUGAUUGUCAUUGGGCUGCCCGUAGACUGAUAGGGAAGCGACCAAGUCCAGAAAAUGAGUUCGAAAACCUCGCCCCCGUUAAGUCAGCUUUCUUCAAGUAUAACUUGGACCUAAUCACACAUCGAAAUGCCGUGAUUGUUUGUACAGACCCCGAGGUCUGUGUCGUGAUCGCGUUCCCUCCACAAGCGGAAAAGUAUUUGUCGUUUACUUUCGGGUUGUCAAUAGACAACAAGGAAGGCUCGGAGGAAUAUCGCGGUUUACCACUCACACGCUAUGGGCGGCAAGAAAUUUCCGUAGUGGAACAUAGGUCUCUCUUCUAUGUUCGCCCACCACGUCCUGGCGCAUACAAGUUGCUGAUAUAUGCGAAGCACCACCAAAACGGUCCUGCACACCAAGACAACGGGGCGUUCGACUAUAGCAGUGAUGCUAACUCCUCUAGUAUGUAUGGUGCUGUGUGCGAAUAUCGUCUAGUUGCCAAUUUCCAUCCAAACUGUUCACUACCGCCAUAUCCACCUUGUCAGUCCUCAAGCUACGGCCCAAACGAGUUGGCGAAAAACUAUCAAAUUCAAGCCAAACAGACGCAAUGCACACUCCGUGCAACUCGAGGCUGCUUAGAGAUACGAUUCGCACUGGGUUCUUCUUUGGGCCUUCCACCACCCCGAAUGAUGGGUCGAUUGCGAUGUACUCUGGUGCCUGACGAGGCGCUCACACGAAGUCUGCUACAGCGGAGUGUCAAUGGCAACCGAGAAGCUGUAUUCGCUGUGUUCCUGCCCGAGGCUGGUGAAUACGGCUUGGAAAUAUAUGCAAACAAUCCGGCGAAAGACGGAAACUCAUUCUACGUGGUAUGGCAAUACAUCAUUCUGUCGGAUAGCGAGUCCCCAGUACGUGGUUUGCCCACAAUCCCACCUGCCUACUUGGGCCCGAUGCCUCGGUUCGAUUCGAUGGGACUGUCCACUGUCAGUCAUCCGGAUCCAUUUAUUCAAGCCAACACGGGUGAACUAUGUAUUCAGCUGAAUCAGAACCCCGAUAUUCCUGUGAGAAUGAUGGCACAACUGAUUCACGCCAGCCAUGAUGUGUCUGAGGACUGUUCCCAGCAGAUCUUACAACAGAUGCGUGACAACCAGGUAUAUUUUGUUGUCCGUUUCCCCCAUCCGGGUUUCUUCAAGUUCCAGAUCUACGCCCUACCUUAUUCCGAGCCUGGUGAAUCUCUUCCGGGUGUGUUUAAUUAUCUUCUUGAGGCCACACAAGUUCAUCGAAACCGGUCCGGUCAAGUUAUGUGCUUCCCACAACAGUUCUCACAAUGGAAAGAGGGCUGCUAUCUUCAUUCACCACUAGACGGUAUCCUGUCACCGUCUGCACAACCUUCGGAUGUAAUCCCAUUUAAGUUGACUGUCCCAAAGGCAAUUGCGGUUGCUGUUGUGGUCGGCGACGAGUGGACUCACCUGAACAAAGUGGGUGAUCGAUGGGAAGGUCAAGUGUCGCUGAAACAACACUGGGGGCGUGAACAUCAGUUGGCUGUAUGUGCUAACUACAACACUGGCAAUGGGAACUAUGGCACCAUACUGGAAUAUCAAGUAGCCAGACGGUGAUGGUUUAAUAAACGAUUUUCCGAACACCAAGAUGCCUUGUACACCAAACAUAAACUGGCCUCGACUUCCAUCUGCCCCCAAAAUGCGUUCUAGUCACGCAUUUCUGCAAUCCGGCAACAUCUGUUUAAGAGGUUUUGCUCCCUUAGUGCUAGUCACCUUCAGCUGGAGGCACGCCGUAUCGGCACAGCCAAAUCGGAUUUCCAUUCAGGUUUGAUCCGUUUGUUGCCUUGUACCGCUAUCUUCAUUCCACUGGCGCUCCUCUCAGUACCAUUCAUCCCGAUACAGUAAGCUGACAUCCGUAUUUUGGCAACUCAAUGUUUCCUCAGUUGGCUGUUUGUUUCGGGCUGCGUGCGCGCCUUGGAUUAAAUUACACUUCGCUCUCCUCCUACCCGCAGUGCCUUGUCUCUCACUUCUCAAUGUAUUUCUGCUGCCCUCUCCUCCACUCCGCCUUUAUGCUGUUCGCACUGUUUUUCAGUUUGACCUGUUCUAUUUAUGACUUUAUUCAUUAGUCCUGUUCGCGAAAACCCGACGCCACCUGUUUUUGUAAGCUGGUUACGUCUGACCGUUGCAAUUUUUAGUAACGUUACUUGACCAACAUGAUUUAUUCUUCUCCUUCCUGCAAUUGCUCACUUAUGCUGUUUUUUGCAAUUAUCGUGUACUAUUGCCGUUCAUUACUCUUGCAGUUGUUUGUUUCUUUUCUUUCGAGUUUCGAUCGAGACAAAGAAACACAUUUUCCCG